AUGGGCGCCAAAAAGUAUGCCCUUCUUCCCAUGGAAGAAGAAGAUCUCGGCCCAGCGAAGGUAGUAGAGAAGAAAAAGGAAAAACGGCGGCAUGGCGAGAAAUCAUCAUCCUCUCGCCACGACAGUCACAGGACACGAAGUCGCGAACGCUCACCUCGCCGCGAAUCUCAGCAUCAUCGGUCGAAGACGAUCCGCAGGCGGGAAGAAAAUGGUGGCGAUUUCGACGAUCGAUGGGGUGAUGAAGAAUAUGUUUCUGAACAGGAAGCAGAGUUUCAGGAAUCAGCGUCAAAAAGGGUGAAGGUGGCACAUGCGAAGGAUGACCCCCAGGAAGAAGACAUAUCAGAAACAGAGCGAGAGAGGAGGGCAGAUCAGGCUGAGAAGGAGGCUUUUGCUAAACGAUUACUGUCAAAGGAUGCGGAUAAGACGAAGAAGCUUGUAGAAGACAGGUCGUCGACUAAAGAGGGAAAUAUUCUAGCGCAACGCAGAGCUUUAGCUGAAGAUGCUGCUGCACGGAGCGCGGCACUUCCUGACCUGAGGGAGAGAUCGCGGCAGGAAUAUCUCAAGAAGCGUGAGACUGAACGGCUUGCAUUGCUUAGGAAGCAGGUUGCAGAGGAGACGGAGGAGUUGAGGAGUGGUGUGCGGCUAUCGGAAAAGGAGAAGGCCGAGUUUACGAAGAAUAGAGAGGUCUUGCGCAUAGCAGAGGAACGAUUGCGGAUUGAUGAUCACCGGGAUGGAUAUGCUAUGCCAGAGGACUAUAUCACAGAGAAGGGCAAGAUUGACAGGAAGAAGAAAGAGGAGGCUAUGUAUAAACGCUACGUGGACAGGGAUGAGUAUGGACAGGAGAAAUUCGUUACUGAGCACGAGGAAUGGGAAAGAGAGCAGGCUGCGAAAGCUAAGGCCCAGAUUAAGAGUACGGAACGAGUUGAUCAAGGCGAAUACGAUUAUGUUUUGGAUGAGGAGCAAGGCAUCAAAUGGGUUAUGGAUUCAAGGCUACCGGGCGAAGGUAAAGGGAUAAGCAAGGAAGAGCGAUUCUUGGCUGAGCAGCUCAAAGCUGCCGAGAAGAAGGCCCUUUCUAUGGACGAGACCCGAAAAAGUCUUCCCAUCUACGCCUACAGAGACCAAUUUCUUGCGGCCCUUGAAGAAUAUCAGAUUCUAGUUAUUGUCGGAGAAACGGGCAGUGGAAAGACCACUCAAUUACCUCAAUAUUUGCACGAGGCUGGCUACACCAAAGACGGGCUGAAAGUCGGUUGUACCCAACCUCGAAGAGUAGCAGCAAUGUCUGUUGCUGCUCGUGUCGCUGAUGAGAUGGGUGUGAAGGUGGGGAACGAAGUGGGAUACUCGAUUCGGUUUGAGGAUAGUACAAGCGAUAAAACCGUCCUCAAAUAUAUGACGGAUGGUAUGUUGCUAAGAGAGUUCAUGACGGAACCUGAGUUAGGUAGCUACUCUGCGUUGAUGAUUGACGAAGCUCACGAACGGACUGUCCAUACGGAUAUCCUGCUGGCUCUAAUCAAAGAUCUUGCUCGAGAGAGGCCAGAGAUGAAGUUGCUGAUCUCAUCUGCUACUAUGAAUGCUGCAAAGUUUGCUGAAUACUUCGAUGGCGCUCCGAUCUUCAAUAUCCCCGGCCGCCGAUAUCCUGUCGAUAUCCACUAUACCCCACAACCCGAAGCAAAUUAUCUUGCUGCCGCAAUUACAACGGUCUUCCAGAUCCACACAACCCAAGGAAAGGGCGAUAUCUUGGUGUUUUUGACAGGUCAAGAUGAGAUUGAGGCAGCGGAGCAAAAUAUCACAGAGAUAUCACGGAAGCUAGGAAGCCGCGUACCGGAACUUGUAAUUUGCCCUAUCUAUGCAAAUCUCCCUUCAGAACUCCAAAGCAAGAUUUUUGAGCCCACUCCAGAAGGGGCACGCAAAGUUGUUCUAGCAACCAAUAUUGCAGAAACCAGUCUUACGAUCGAUGGCAUUGUAUACGUCAUUGAUCCUGGGUUCGUCAAGGAGAAUAUCUACAAUCCAGCCACUGGUAUGUCAAAGUUGGUAGCAGUACCCUGCUCACGAGCCUCUGCAAAUCAAAGAAGUGGCCGAGCAGGCCGUGUUGGACCUGGCAAAUGUUUCCGACUUUACACUAAAUGGGCCUUCAUGAACGAGAUGGAGGAAAGCACAACGCCCGAAAUUCAAAGAACGAAUUUAAACAGUGUGGUAUUGCUCCUGAAGUCACUUGGCAUCAACGAGUUGCUGGAGUUCGAAUUCAUGGAUCCUCCCCCAACGGAGACCUUGAUUGGAGCGCUCAAUCAACUGUUCGCCCUCCAAGCACUAAAUCACCAAGGCGAGCUCACCAAAAUCGGCCGACAGAUGGCGGAAUUCCCCACCGACCCUAUGCUCGCGAAAGCCAUCCUUGCUGCCGACAAGCUCGGCUGCGUAGAGGAGGUUUUAUCGAUUGUCUCCAUGCUCAGCGAAGCAUCAGCGCUAUUCUUCCGGCCCAAGGACAAGAAAAUCCACGCCGACAGCGCACGCGCACGUUUCACUAUCAAAGAAGGUGGAGACCAUCUCACCCUGCUCAAUAUCUGGAAUCAGUGGGUAGAUAGCGACUUUAGCCAGGUGUGGUCGAAAGAGAACUUCCUACAACAGCGAUCCUUGACACGCGCACGCGAUAUCCGCGAUCAACUGGCCAAGCUCUGCGAACGGGUUGAAGUCACGCUCUCUUCCGUCGGUCAAACCGACCUAGUUCCCAUCCAAAAAGCUGUAACAGCAGGGUUCUUCCCUAACGCAGCCCGACUUCAAAGAGGUGGAGACAGCUACCGCACGGUGAAGAAUAACACUACUGUGUAUAUCCAUCCCUCGUCUGUCCUUAUGGAUUCCAACCCUCCUGUCAAGAUGGUUAUUUAUUACGAGUUGGUGCAGACGACCAAGGAGUAUAUGCGGAGUUGUUUGCCAAUUAAGCCUGAAUGGCUUCAUGAGGCUGCACCCCAUUUCCAUAAGAAGAAGGAUUUAGAGGCGCUGGAGGAGAGGAAGAUGCCUAAGGAUAGAAAGUAG